AGAACCUCCUGCGCCGUUGCCGGACGACACACCCGGAUGUGACGCCGACGUGGAGGAAGAAGGGAGAGGCGGAGCGUGGCGCGGUGACGUCCUCCCAAGAUGGCGGAGAGAGAGUGAGGAAACUGUGUUCCCGCUUGGGUUGCUAGCGAUCAAGAGUAAAAGUCCAUUCUGAUACCAAAAUGCAGUAUUCGCACCACUGUGAGCACCUUUUAGAGAGACUGAACAAACAGCGGGAGGCAGGUUUCCUUUGUGACUGCACCAUAGUGAUUGGGGAAUUCCAGUUUAAGGCUCAUAGGAACGUGCUAGCGUCUUUUAGCGAGUAUUUUGGUGCAAUCUACAGAAGCACAUCUGAAAACAAUGUCUUUCUUGACCAGAGUCAGGUGAAGGCUGAUGGAUUUCAGAAACUCCUGGAGUUUAUAUACACAGGAACUUUAAAUCUUGACAGUUGGAAUGUUAAAGAGAUUCAUCAGGCUGCUGACUAUCUCAAAGUGGAAGAGGUGGUCACUAAAUGUAAAAUAAAGAUGGAAGAUUUUGCUUUUAUUGCUAAUCCCUCUUCUACAGAGAUAUCUAGUAUUACUGGGAACAUUGAAUUGAACCAACAGACUUGUCUUCUUACUCUACGAGAUUAUAGCAAUCGAGAGAAAUCAGAAGUCUCUACAGAUUUAGUUCAGGCAAAUCCUAAACAAGGGGCAUUAGCAAAGAAGUCAUCUCAAACUAAAAAGAAGAAGAAGACUUUCAACUCUCAGAAAACAGGGCCGAAUAAAACCGUGCAAUAUCCCAGUGACAUUUUAGAGAAUGCAUCUGUUGAAUUAUUCCUAGAUGCAAAUAAAUUGUCUACAUCUGUAGUAGAACAAGUUGCACAAAGAAAUGAUAAUUCAGAACUUGAGUUGACAUCAGUUGUGGAAAAUACCUUUCCAGCACAAGAUACUGUGCAGACUGUUACAGUGAAACGGAAACGUGGAAAGUCACAGCCAAACUGUGCCCUGAGAGAACAUUCUCUGUCUAAUAUAGCCAGUGUCAAGAGUCCUUAUGAGCUGGAGAACUCUAGGGAGGAGCUGGAUGAGAGGUACUCCAAGGCCAAGCCAAUGUGUAAUACCUGUGGGAAGGUGUUUUCAGAAGCCAGCAGCUUGAGAAGGCACAUGAGAAUACAUAAAGGAGUCAAACCUUACGUGUGCCACUUGUGUGGAAAGGCAUUUACGCAGUGUAACCAGCUGAAAACACAUGUAAGAACGCAUACAGGUGAGAAGCCAUACAAAUGUGAACUGUGUGAUAAAGGAUUUGCUCAGAAAUGCCAGUUAGUCUUCCAUAGUCGCAUGCAUCAUGGUGAGGAAAAACCCUAUAAAUGUGAUGUAUGCAAUUUACAAUUUGCAACUUCUAGCAAUCUCAAGAUUCAUGCAAGGAAGCAUAGUGGAGAGAAGCCCUAUGUCUGUGAUAGGUGUGGACAGAGAUUUGCUCAAGCCAGCACACUGACCUAUCACGUCCGUAGGCAUACUGGUGAAAAGCCUUACGUGUGUGACACCUGUGGGAAGGCAUUUGCUGUCUCCAGUUCUCUUAUCACUCAUUCUCGAAAACACACAGGUGAAAAACCAUACAUAUGUGGUAUUUGUGGGAAAAGUUUUAUUUCCUCAGGAGAGCUCAACAAACACUUUCGAUCCCAUACAGGAGAAAGACCGUUUAUCUGCGAAUUAUGUGGAAAUUCUUAUACAGAUAUCAAAAAUUUAAAGAAGCACAAAACAAAAGUCCAUUCUGGUGCAGAUAAAACUCUAGAUUCCAAUGUAGAGGAUCAUACUUUGAGUGAACAAGAUUCCAUACAAAAAAGUCCCUUGUCAGAAACUCUGGACGUAAAACCUUCUGAUAUGACUUUACCCUUGUCUCUUCCACUUGGCACUGAAGAUCACCACAUGCUUCUACCUGUCACAGAUAACCAGUCUCCUACAGCAGAUACAUUGUUGAGGUCAACUGUGAAUGGGUAUUCAGAACCACAAUUGAUUUUUUUACAGCAGUUAUACUGACUUUGUGAGGAAUAUGGAAUUGCUAAGAUGUCUUUGGUAAAUCAAACAUCUCUGGUAAGGUGCAUAUAUUCAUAUUAGAUUUCCAUUCAUUCAAGUUGUCACCAUUAUUUUUCAUUCACUGGAGUAAAAGCAAACCUGAUUCUGCAUCAUAACUGCAAUGCUUAUUUUUGAUUUUUGGCUUUUAUGUCUUAUACAUUCAGCUUUUUACAGAAUGAAUUAUACUAGAGUAGUACUAUUUUGGGUGGAUAAGUUUUAAUUUUAAUUGCCUUAAUUCCUUUUUUUAUGUUGCAUUUUAGAAUUACCCUUCAUUUACUGAAGGAGAAUUUGUUGGUUUACAUGAUUUAGUUUGACUUGUGGGUUUUUUUAUUUCCUUACCCCAAAAAAUGUAGGCAAAAUCCAUAAGAGUAGAAGCCCAAGAGUGUUGCUGUUUGUGAACUCCAUUGACCAAUAUAUAAACUAAAAAAGUUCGUAUUUCUGCCUAUGAAAUUUAGGUACUAAAUAAGAAUUGUGCUAUUUCUCUAUUAAUAUAUUCCUUUAGAGGUAAUUUUUCUAAUGAAACAAAUGUUUCUUAAAAGCUAGAAAACUGUAAAUAUAUUUUCCUUCAUUUAAAAUUAGUAUUCUGAAGAAAACCAACGGUCAGUACUUUUGGUUUGAGUUAUUUGAGACUGUGCUUUCAAAAUUUUAAAUAGAUACUUGAUGUUUUUGUCAAAAGUUUCAGAAUUUGAUUGAACUUAUGUUUUAAUAGCUUCUAGAUUACUGGAAGUGAAAAUAUGGUGAGUUUUGAAAAUAUUUUGAUAAGCUCUUUUAUGCCUAUUAUGCACUUUUUAAAAUAAAUAUUCUAAAAAGUUUCUAGACAUAAACUUUAUGCAUACUAGAAAUCACCUGGCUUCUAAAUUUGAUACAUUAUAUUCCAUAAACAGUUAAGAAAUUAACUUCAGUUAUAAGUAAACAUUUUGGGUUAUCAGAAAGUCAGUUUAUAAAACUUUUUUUCUAUAAACUUUGGGCUUUUAAAUUUUGUAAGUUAAACCACAACUUUCUGUUGUUGGUUGUCAUAGUUUCACUGUGGUCCUUUUCCUUUGAAGUGAAUGUAGAAAUAUUCGCUACCACCCUUCCCCAUCCUAUUUUCCACAUACUAAUUUAUUUCACAGCCUGAUCUUUGGACAUUAAAUUUUCAGUUCCACAAAGUCAGUCAUACAGUGUUGAUCAAACACCACGAUGACAUUAUUUCUUAUUUCUGCCAUGCAUUAGUUGUGGCUUAUUUGUUUCCUGGUUUUAAACUACACUUGUAAUAAAGUUAAUGUGUUUUUUACUGGUA